AUGAGUCGACCGCCGUAUCCAACAUACCCCGGUCCUCGACAACAGCCUCCGUGGGUGCAACAGGGACAAAGGCCUAUUCAACCUGGGGCUGCUUCUCUUCCCCUGCAUCCACCGCCUCCGGCAGGAUCUUCACCUGCCCCUCCGACCACUAUUAAGCCUGAACAUGCGGCGUUGUAUGCUAAUUAUGGCUAUGGGGCUCGUUGGCAACCACCGCCGCCACAGCAACCCAUGGCACCUCCACUACCGCCUCCCCAGCAGUAUCCAUCUCCCAUGACCGGCCACCUACCGACAGCCUACGCCCAGUCGCCUUACGCAGUUCACGCGUAUCAAGCUCAACCCAUUAUGUAUAUUCAGCCGCCACAACCUCUUGUACAGAGUUCACAUCCCCCGCACGUAAUGCAUGCUCAUCAGCAAUACGCAAACCAUCCCACAGUGCCGCAGAUAGUACCACGUCAACAUGUUCACCAUCCCUCUCUCCACCAGCCGGUGGCCAACAAUCCGAACAAUACCAAUGUCCAACGUUUUCCUCCCGCCAAGAGGCCUCGUUUUGAUAAUGCGAGACCUACCUCCCAGCUCUACUCCACCUCUCAGCCCCCUAACCCCUCGCUCCCGCUUCCGCUACCGCCACUCCCUCUGAGUGGACCAACUCACAACCAGUCUGGACGGAUGUCCUCCCAGCAGCCUCCCUUCAAAACCGGACGAGGAGGCUCAGUACAAUCUUCCAGGGGGCGUGCCAGUGGGCACCACAGUCGCGGUGGUGGGAACAUACCGCGAGGUGGUUUGGUCAAUGGCACAAAUAACCGCGCGGCCAAUGCAAGCAGGGGGGGCGCGACUCAUGGUGGGAGUCGCGGAGCAUUUCGCAAUGCUUCCAACUCCUUGAAGCCUUCCAACUCGUCGUCUAGUUUUACGUCCGGUAUUUCCUCUUCUUCUUUCAACCCCCAGUUACCGAAUGGUCAAUCUUUGGCAAAUCUUAAUCGCCCCAGACACGGCCACGGACUUUCUGGAUCUAGACGGGAAGAAAGUUCCAAGAAGACUUUGACGGACUUCAGGGUUAUUGGCGUAGAUUGUCCGCUCCUUGGAUGGGCGUGGGGCACGGUGAUCGCGCAAGGGGAUAUGGAUAACUCGGAGGCGAAAUCGACUCGUGGUUCGAGAGCCGCCAGCCCGAAUUCUGCAGCGCCAGAAGUAGGAACCGAAUCCCAUGCCCCGUCCAUCCACGUAGUGCAAUCCAUCGCCAAGCCUUCCCAGAUCAAAACUUCAACUGAGAGUUCUCGAAUACGUAUAUACUUUAACAGUCCAGUUGAACUAGAAGACAAGCCCUCGCAGGUAUAUGCCCCUGACAGGAGCCGCGGUGGGAAACGGAAGAAGGAGGCUGAUGACGGCGAGCCACAGGAGAGCGGGAAACGGAAGAAGGAGGAUCCUGACUGUGGCGAGAACUUCCCUAUCCCGACAAAGAUUCAACAACAAGAUUCCCUUUUCCUCAACCCUGCGUCUCUUCAUAAUCCACUUGCCCUACCGGGCCAGGAGUCUUUCCCACGUUCAACUUUCCAUGAAUCUCCUAGCGGCAUUGGUGCUAAGCGCAAAGCUACCGAUGACGAAAAUACCAGUGUGGCGGAGCAAAUAAACACCGCUGAGCCCGUGUCUGGGGAGCAGGAGGCUGAAACCGAGUACGCCGGAUCACCUCGGCGUGGCGACCAGCACUACUACGAAGGUGCACCCCCAUCUAUUCAUUCCCUAGAGAUGGAUGAGAACGAUGACCCCAUACCGGAGUCUCAAGUGGUCACUGAACCAGCAUAUGAUGACGAGCAGAACCCAGUUAUCGGGCCAGUCUCCCCCAUGACGGAGAGUUCGGAACAAAAGCAGGAUGAACUAGAGGCUGCCGCUCUUCUUUCGGAAUCUGCUGCUUCAAGGACCGGAACUGAUGGGCAAGGGGUCGAGGAAGAGCAUGCUCCUGGUGCCCGAACUCCUGAACAUGGCAAUUUUCCAACCGAGAAAAUAGAUCCGCACUCCGACGUGGGGCUCACUGCUGAAGACGAGGAAGACGAGACUUUGCAGGAAGAGACUCAGCCCAUUGAAUCCACUGAUGCAAGCUUUGCACUUUCGGUACAAUCAGCAGGAAUGUUUCCUACGGCAGCGAUGGCCCCAACCGACGGGGUUACCACUCCAGCUCCUUCCGUCAUUUGCCCCGUCAAACCACCCUCACCGAAUCGUAUAUCUAUCUCUUACGCGGGGAGUUCAAGACGUUUAGUCCUGGAUGCGGAAAUCAUCCAGCAUGUGAAGAUUUAUCGUGCCGAGGGAAAGAUUGAGGUAAGCUUCGUUUUGGAGCGCUAUGAAGACCCUGCCGCGACUCCCGCGAAUAUCAUGAGCGUGUCCGAGCUGUCCCAACCUGCCGCAGAAAGCGCAGAAGACAAUGCGGACACCCCCACCGGAGAGGGAGGGCUCAAAGGCUAUAAAAUGGACGAUAAUGGAUCUUCUGAAAGAAGUUCAGAUACUGUUGCUGUCGAGAAUACAACCCUUCACGAGGCUUGUGGCCAAGCGCCCGCAGCUUCUAGCACAGAUGACACCCCAGAGGCCGAAAGUGGCCAUUGUGAUGAGAAAUUUAUUUCGAGUAGUGAUGCUACUCAAGUCCCCUCGCGCUGUCGAGAGACAUCGAAGGAAUACGUACCAAUUGCCUACCCUGCCAAGUCCGCAGAUCCCACACUUCCAGAUUUUUCUACGUUACUUCAAGUGGCCCCCACUGUCGUUAAUCUCACCGCUUAUCUUGACCGGCUGAAACCGUUGUCAGAACCCAAAUGGGUCAGAACUGGUGAUAUUGAGGAAUGGCUUUCGGCCGUUUUUGAUUCACGCACGAAGAAAGGAUCAGAUGCACGCGAGGUGUGGAGCGGGAAGAUUAAGGUCACAGACCCCGACCCCGUCAUACAUACUAUCCUUGGUGAUUGGGCUGCAAGUUCGGGGGUUGGUGUUGGAAAGAAUCGACGUCGGUUCAUCAAGGAGCACUUGACAGUCUCCGCAGAAAAUCUUUUCGACAUCCUGCUUCGUGUUGUGCGGGGUUCUAUGCAGCCUCCUGUCUCGUCCACAUCAUCCUUGACAAAUAUGUCUUCACUAUCGGGGAGCCCAGCAAUCGAUCCCGCCUCUUCGGGUUCAUCGAUGGCCCUCAUGCAAUCUGGCCACCAUACCCCUCUCAGUGCUGCGAUACUUGGCUUGUACCAGAUUUUGGCGGAGUACGCAAAAAAGGCAGGAGAUGACUCAACGAAACUUUUUGAUCACCUGGGUGUUCUCAUCAGUACACUUCCUCAGCAUCAACUUCAGCGAAGUAUAGACUGGAUGUUCAAGGAUUGGGCUGCAUUGCACGGCAUCAAUCUCGGUGCUUCAGCGUCGUCCUCUGGUGGUGGUGGCAGUGGUGGAGGCGGGGGGAGUAAUUCGGGCCGGAAAAAAUAAGCAUGACGUGUAUACUUCAUGCUCAUGCUUGCUCUGCAUGGUUGAAAAUGUAUACGUAGAGCACCUUUUAUUAUUAAUUCAGUUGGUGGCAUAUUCAUGGGUGGAACACGGUGCCCACAUUCUGGACGUCAUUACCUGGCCCAGCGCUCGGGGAGCGGGAAUUGGGCAUGCCUACGAUCAGAACACCAAAUUGCUAUAGGUAAAGCUUGGCGUGCGGCCAUUUCCUUCGAGCCUCCACGCUUUGAUUGAGACGU